AUGCAAAAAAGGAAGGAAUUCUGUAGCGAGACUACGGAGGAUGAAGCAGAAGAAGAUCGGGAAAUUGACGAAGAUCGGAGCGAAGACGAAGAUAUAAAAAUUCAGAAAGUAAAUACAAAUCAAGAAGAAAUGAAUGAAAAUGAGCAGAAAACUGCGCAGAUUGAACAGUGCGCGAUUUGUCAUGUUAUCAUCAACGAUACAAAUCUCGGCGGAACCGUCGCCAACUCCGAACAGAAUCCACACUGUUCCGAGGGCUAUUUAUUAUGUCAACGUUGUGUACAAAACUUUUCAAUCCGAUCAGUUACGGAGCAUCCUCAACCUCGAAGAUCACAUACUAGUUUCUUCCAAGAUAGAGACAGCGAUCACAACAUACAUUCGAGAACGUACGAUCCGCAUCGUAAUCAGUGGGCUUGCAACUUCAAUAAGGCGAUAUCCGGCGAAGGGAAUAACGAAACAUUAAAUUACGAAUCGGAUGCCAUCUCAUACGUCGCUGAUCGCGAUCGAGGCAAUCUGCGGCGAGAAGAGCAAGUGGAAAGUUGCGAGAAACAUUAUCAACAGCAGCCUGGCUAUUGCAAUCUAAUGACAACGAUGACAAGGAGAAAUGGCGCAAUAGAUCGAUACUCCUCCGAGAGCAAAGUCAAAAGUCCCUCUUUGGUCGAUUGCUCCCGCAGACCCAUACGUUGCCCACGUCUAGACUGCUCGGUAAACGUCGCCUUCUCGGCACUCACCCAUCAUUUUCUUUUCGAUCAUCCCGAAGUGCCCAUCCUCAGUGUUGAACCCGGUGCUGAGAGCACACUCAUCGUCAGCUACGGAGCUCUCUCCUGCAACUCCAGUCGAUGUCUAGCUCUCUUACUGGUGUCCGGAAAACUCUCAGAUUCCUCAGCGAGGCUGUUCGGUAGCAUUCAAAUAAAUCCUAAGUAUCGGAAUCGAUUGCCUCUGCCGGUGUUGGCAGCGCGUCUGCAUAGCAGCCACAAUUACGCGUGUCGUGAGGAGAUGCACGCCGGUGGAGAAGGUCAUUGCGAGAAGGAUAUGAUCAUUGCCUGGGUGGCGGGAUUAGACGUCGGCGACACAGCUGACAGACUUCGGUGUAGCAUUCAGGCUGUCGAUAGUAUCGAGAACGGGGGAUUUCGUUCGCUCACGUACACAGGCCCUGUAACGUCUCUGAGAAUCGCUCAAUGUCCACGUGAUGUCUUCUUGGCUGGUGAUUGUAUAGUUCUCCACGAGGGAUUAAUCAGCCAUAUUACCUCCGGCUGUACUAGUCUCAAUGUAAAUGUUAUUGUACAUUAAACAUAUGUUCAGUUAAC